AAGGCUGGCCGACUGGUUGAAGCUAAGCACCCAAGCGUGGUCUUCAACGGAUGCUCGGCGCACGCCAUGAACCUGCUCCUGAAAGAUAUCUUCAAGAUCAAGUUGUUUGGAGACGUGCUGAAGAAGGCCAUCAAGAUCGUCAAGUUUGUGCGCGCUAGACACCUGCUGCUCGAUCAAGUUCGGCGUUACCGGCGCCAGCUACAAAAAGCCAGAAGGGCAGGCGAGUUAGCGGUCCCUCUUAUGAAGCGCUACACGGACAAAGAGAGUCAGGUGAAGCUGGACGAAGUUCAAGGUAUUGUCAACGAUAAGCAGUUUUGGAUCAAGGCGAAGGUUGUCGUUCGGCUGACGAAACCGGUUACACGAGCACUAGCUGUCCUGGAGACGGAUGCUUGUUCGAACUCAAUGAUCCUGCACGAGUUUCUUCGGCUG